GCCCGGGGCCACUGCGGCCGUGGCCUCGCCGAGCCCCGGGAAAGUUCGGGGUCGGAGAGCGGCGUCGCCGGGCCACGGGACCCAUGGAGGCGCGCGGGGAGCUGGGCCCGGGCCGGGAGUCGGCGGGCGGCGACCUGCUGCUGGCGCUGCUGGCGCGGAGGGAGGACCUGCGCCGAGAGAUCCCGCUGUGUGCCGGCUGCGACCAGCACAUCCUGGACCGCUUCAUCCUCAAGGCUCUGGACCGCCACUGGCACAGCAAGUGCCUCAAAUGCAGCGACUGUCACACGCCGCUGGCCGAGCGCUGCUUCAGCCGCGGGGAGAGCGUCUACUGCAAGGAAGACUUCUUCAAGCGGUUCGGGACCAAGUGCGCCGCGUGCCAGCUGGGCAUCCCGCCCACGCAGGUGGUGCGCCGCGCCCAGGACUUCGUGUACCACCUGCAGUGCUUCGCCUGCGUCGUGUGCAAGCGGCAGCUUGCCACGGGCGACGAAUUCUACCUCAUGGAGGACAGCCGACUCGUGUGCAAGGCGGACUACGAGACUGCCAAGCAGCGAGAGGCCGAGGCCACAGCCAAGCGGCCGCGCACGACCAUCACGGCCAAGCAGCUGGAGACGCUCAAGAGCGCCUACAACACGUCGCCCAAGCCGGCGCGCCACGUGCGCGAGCAGCUCUCGUCCGAGACCGGCCUCGACAUGCGCGUCGUGCAGGUGUGGUUCCAGAACCGCCGGGCCAAGGAAAAGAGGCUCAAGAAGGACGCGGGCCGGCAGCGCUGGGGCCAGUAUUUCCGCAGCAUGAAGCGCGCCCGCGGCGGCUCCAAGUCCGACAAGGACAGCGUCCAGGAGGAGGGGCAGGACAGCGACGCCGAAGUCUCCUUCACCGAAGAGCCGUCCAUGGCCGAAAUGGGCCCUGCCAACGGCCUCUACGGCAGCCUGGGGGAGCCCACCCCGGCCUUGGGCCGGCCCACGGGAGCCCCAGGCAGCUUCCCGCUGGAGCAUGGAGGCCUGGCCGGCCCGGAGCAGUACCGGGAGCUGCGCGCCAGCAGCCCCUACGGCGUCCCCCCCUCCCCAGCUGCCCUGCAGAGCCUUCCUGGCCCCCAGCCCCUCCUCUCCAGCUUGGUGUACCCAGAUGCCGGCUUGGGCCUCGUGCCCGCGGGGGCCCCAGGUGGGCCCCCACCCAUGAGGGUGCUGGCAGGGAACGGACCCAGCUCUGAUCUGUCCACGGGGAGCAGCGGGGGCUACCCUGACUUCCCUGCCAGCCCCGCCUCCUGGCUGGACGAGGUGGACCACGCUCAGUUCUGACGGAGGCCCCCCCCCCCCGCCCCCGCUCCACCGCAGCGGACAUGAGGGGUGUGGGCAGCGGUGCUGCCCCUGGCUGGGCCGCCUGGAGCUGUGCUCUCUUCCUUUCCUGAAGCCCAGGACCUCAGCGGGAAGCAGGUGCCACCGGCGGGGGACAGGACGAGGACAUCAAGGGAGGGCUGGUUUCUGCGGAGCACCCAGCCACGCAGCCGCCUCCCUGGGGCCCACGGGCUCAUUUGGCUCCUGUCCGUGCCCGCUCCUCCUGGGACACAGGGCUGGCGGCUGGUGUCCCCCCAGCAAGCCUGUUUUGUAAGCAGAUUUCUCCCUUUCUCGACGAGUUAAGUGAGUGCUUGCUGCUCUUUCUAGACAUGAAAUGUCGCCCCGCCUAGGCCAGACCUCUGCUCUGGGGCCUGUCCUCAGCCCGGACCAGCACAGCCCUCAGGCUGGAAGAUGCUUUCAUUUCUAAAAUUAAAAAAUAACACUAACCAUGCGUUCCUUUCCCAGGCUC